AUGACCCGCAAGAAGAAAUCCAAAGCCCGCAAGCUUAACCUCCAGCGAGGGAAUCCCCCCAAGAGACCAGCACCGCCGCAAUCGCUCCCCCCACGGCCACCAGGUCCGAUCCCCUCCAUCGAAACGCCCACCGAUCUGGCUCUAUCUCUGGCUCCAGCUCCAGCUCCCGCCAAACCAGAUAAGGCCCACCCACCUCCCAAAUCACGCUUCGGGUUCUCCUGGUGGCGGGACCAGAAGGGAGGCGAGAUGUUGCGCGGUCAGCUUGCUCAGGGCAGUAGUGGUCAGACUCCUCAACGCAGCGCUAGCUGGGCUGGAAGACCCGGGGAAGCAUACCACGGCACCGGCUGCAUCAAGCGCGAGGAUGGGGGAUGUCGCGAAAACGAGUACUUCACGCCGAGUUACCAUGCGGGGUAUGCUGGUGGUGUGGGGGGUGUUCUGGACUAUACCUGGGGUUAUGCAGGCGGGGUUGGGACUGGUAUAAUGGGCGACAGUGGUGGUCUUCAUCAUCAGCUGGGGGAGUGGGGGGUUGGUGUCAAGUCGGAGUAUAACGGUGCGUCGUUCGGGGUAGAUGCUGCUUAUGGGGACGGCUAUGGCAAGGCGUUCGUUGCAGAUUAUGGGGGAAAGUAUGGCAAGGCAUAUGAUACCAACACCAUGGCCAGAUACAGCGCAGAAGCAGGUUACAACCUAGCUUCCGCGACGUCUUACAUCUCAGGGCAUGGACCUGUCUGCUCCUCCACCCGUGACGCGAUGUAUACUGGAAUCAUGAGCAGAGACGGCGGCGGCCCCUAUUGCGGCGACGAGGGCAUCCAUCCCAUAAACCCUCGCCACCUUGACGAAACCAACAGCGUGAAAAGCACUACCCCCGAUCUAGGUCGCGAUUGUGUCUUCUGCGGCAGGAAUGGGCAUUCGACUGUGGCGUGUCCGGAGCGGUGGGGAAAUAAUGGUAAUGGUCAUACUGACUCGAAAACUCAGGCCCGUCAACCAAGCAAUGAAAGAACCAGAACCAAGAGAAACAGGAUGCGAACUAUGAAGCGGAAACUCCGGCAGCACCCGGGGAGGGAGACGCAGAAGGAGGUGGAGGAGGAGCGGGAGAGGCUGGAUGCUCUCCUUCGCGAGGCGCAGGAACUGGAGGAACGUGCUUCGAAAUUGCUGACUCGGCAAGAGCCGCCGGUUGAUUUGGAUGAUAUUUUACGCCGGAUCAUUGAGGAUAUGAGGUGA